UGGUGUUGGUCCGUACUUCCACCAGAAGGCGCUCGCUGGACAGCACCGUCGUUAUAAAUAAAGCCCGGAAGUCAGAUCUGUUCAGUCAAGACAAACAAGUGAACAUGUGUGUGAAACUGGCAUUGUGAUGGUUACGCACGUAAAGAUGUCCAGAUCACAGAUACAGAGGCACAUUUACAUGGGAUCUCACUGAUACAGGGAAGGUUUGCAUUUUUCAGUCUAAGAUCACUGCAAGUCAGCAUGUCUCAUCGAGGGCCUGUCACUGCUGUUGUAACUGCAGUACUAGGGGCAGCCCUAGGUGGGCUGUUCAUAUGGCGUGUUUACAGAACAAAACAGAAAAGGCUGCCUUCCGUCCAGGAGGUGGCUAAUCCUGUGGAGGCUCCAUGUCCUGUAGAAAAGAAGUUCAAAGCCGUGGAGUAUCAAUACAUUCAACCGCCGCAUUUUGAAGAGAAGGAAUUGAAGGCUGUGGAGUGUCAGACGACACAACUGCCCCCUCUGGUACAGAUCCCUUCUUCGGAGCAGCUGCUGGGGGUGAAACCAGUAAUGGUUAGCUCUGAGGAGGAGUGGCAGAGGCUGUGGCCACUGAUGCAAAUGGAGCUGUCAACCUUCCCUGUGCUGGGGCUUGACUGUGAAUGGGUAAAGACUAAAGGCGUGUCAGUGAAGGGUCAAGCCUCUGUGGUGUCCCUGUUACAGAUGGCUUCGUACUCAGGUCGGUGUGUUCUGGUGAAGCUGCUGUCCUUUCGCAGCGGGCAGCAGCCGUUCCCGCUCAGCUUAAUUGAAGUGCUUCAAGACUCCCACAUUUUGAAAGUUGGAGUCGGCUGCUAUGAAGAUGGCAAGCGUCUGACGCGUGACUACGGCCUGUCACUGACGUGUACUGUCGACCUGCGCUACCUUGCCCUAAGACAGAGGCAAGUUGUGGUAAACAAUGGUCUCAGUCUGAAGUCUCUGGCAGCAGAUCUGUUGAAUGUGUCUCUAGAUAAGUCCCUGGAGCUGCGCUGCAGUGACUGGGAGGCAGAUGAACUGUCACUGGAGCAGAUAACUUACGCUGCCAGAGAUGCCCAGGUUUCUGUAGCUCUCUUUCUCCAUCUCCUUGGCUUCUGCACUGAAGCUGGACCCGCCUUUUCCAGUGGGAGCUCCUACUCUGAGUUGGCUGCCCGCUGCCAGGGCCUGGUGGAUGUGCCCUUCAGAGGCCGAGGAGACGGAGACGACGGAGCUGCUGAUGGAGAGAGGAGGCGGAAGAUGCGGAAGACGCCCACUUAUGAAAGCCCAGAAUCUGGAGAUCAGCAAGUCCCAGACCCUCGAAAGAGUAAUAAGAGGAAACCGCUGGGUACGGGCUAUUCUGCCAGGAAGUCUCCUCUCUAUGAUAACUGCUUCCUCUACGCUCCAGAUGGCCAGCCUCUGUGUACCUGCGACAAGAAGAAAGCCAAAUGGUACCUAGAUAAAGGAAUAGGAGUGCUCCAGAGUGAAGAACCUUUUGUAGUGAAGCUGCUGUUUGAGCCAUCAGGACGUCCCGACUCCCAACAGGACUACUAUCUCACUGCCAAAGAGAACCUCUGUGUGGUCUGUGGCAAAGCAGAGUCCUACAUCAGGAAAAACAUUGUGCCACAUGAGUACAGACGGCAUUUUCCCACAGAGAUGAAGGACCACAACUCCCACGACAUCCUGCUGCUGUGCACCAGCUGCCACGCCACCUCCAACAUGCACGAUGGUGUCCUGAAGCAGCAGCUGGCUGAAGAGUUUGCUGCCCCUCAGGGCUGCGAGGAGGGGAUUCGCCUGCUGGAGGAUUCAGACCGACGGCGGGUGCGUUCAGCGGCUCGAGCUCUGCUCAUCCCCGGUGACGGUCUGCCAGAGCAGCGACAAAAGGAGCUGCAGGAUCUGAUCAAGAACUUCCUUAACAUGAACGAGGAGGAGGAGCUGACGAACGAGGUGCUGCAACAGGUGGCUGAUCUGGAGACGAGGAUUCUCAAUGAGGCCUACGUGCCUCAUGGCCUGAAGGUGGUGCAAGCCCACGCUAAGCAGGGCCUCAGGGGCCUCAUGGACUUGGAGCGUCUCUGGAGGCAGCACUUCCUCACCACCAUGCAGCCUCGCCACCUUCCUCCUUUGUGGUCUGUUGACCACAACCACAGCAAGUUCUUCCGCAAAUAUGGUAAGGACCUGCCCAUCAAACUCAACUGACAGUCUCUGCCGAGCAGCUACUGACCAGGACAGGAAAUGGGAUUUUCUCAUUCAGAGGGCAACGUGCUGGGUGGAUUGGAACUUCACUGCCACUGUCUUUUUAACCAGCCAAACAUUCUUGGUGAGCGAAUGAAUG